UGAUGCCUCUGGUGACUUCAAUGCCUUGCUUUUCUGGGCUAUGUCAGGGGUGCAUGGUGACAGCCAACCCUAUCUAUUGUCACUAGUGCUAUAGAACGGUGAAUUACUGGAUACUGCCUACACUUGCCAAGACAAGAAGGAGAUAUUAGCUUGGCAGAAGUGGUAUUUUCAGGCAAUCUAUAAUCAUAAAUACCAAAUAGAAUACAAAUUCUGAAAAACUGGGGUUAAUAGGGAGAAGAGGACUAAACAGGAUUUUUUUUUUCCCGUUGGAAACGGCUGGUGCUGCUGUGCCUGUGUCCGUUGAAGCGCAGUGACGGAGAACCCAGAAGAGUCCGGGGAUCCCUGAGCUCAGGGCACUGCCUGGUUAUCAGUGCUGUAUUCAGUCAAGCCAAUAGGACAAACACAGCACGCGGCAUCGGCUCUCAGGAAUCUUUCAUUUUUAUUCUGCAACUUGGUCGUACGUCAAGAGUUAAGGACCAGCUCUCAGGGUUGUUUUGUUCCUCAGAAGUUCAGCGCUCUGCCCGAGUCCAGGUUCCCUCAGCAACAGCCCCCAGCGGCCCCGCCCGGCGCAUGCGCCGUCCGCCUCUGCGCGCGACCCCGCCUUCCCCGUGCCGCCCCGCCCAGCCCCGCCCCCCAGCGGCGCCGCAUCGCGGCGGCCAUUUUGUGCGGCUGCGGUCGGUGCGCGGGGCUCGGUGCACCGCGGGCCCGGGCGGGGUGGCUCCGUUCUAACCCCUUUUUCCCGUACAGAUCCCUCGUCUAAAAGUUGGUUUUAAUUGGUUGCCCACAGGAUUGGCUUGGCUUCUGCUACUUGUUAAGAAAAAACAUCUGUAUUUGCAGGUGUGUGUUGUUUCAGCGCAGCAUGGCUGUGGUCAUCCGCUUGCAAGGUCUCCCGAUUGUGGCGGGGACCAUGGACAUUCGCCACUUCUUCUCUGGAUUGACCAUUCCCGAUGGGGGCGUGCAUAUUGUAGGGGGUGAACUGGGUGAGGCUUUCAUCGUUUUUGCCACUGAUGAAGAUGCAAGGCUUGGUAUGAUGCGCACAGGUGGUACAAUUAAAGGGUCAAAAGUAACGUUGUUGCUGAGCAGUAAAACUGAAAUGCAGAACAUGAUAGAGCUCAGUCGUAGGCGUUUUGAAACUGCCAAUCUAGAUAUGCCACCAGCAAAUGCUAGCAGGUCGGGACCACCACCUAGUUCUGGAAUGAGUGGAAGGGUUAACUUACCUACUACUGUACCUAACUUUAAUAAUCCUUCUCCUAGUGUAGUAACUGCUUCUACUACGGUGCAUGAAAGCAAUAAAAACAUAUCCACAUUUUCUACUGCCAGUAUCGGCACUGCACCUCCAAAUCUUGGGAGUACUUUUGGUAGUCCAACAUUUAGCUCAACUAUACCUAGCACAGCAUCCCCAAUGAACACAGUACCUCCUCCACCAAUCCCUCCUAUCCCAGCUAUGCCAUCUUUGCCACCAAUGCCUUCUAUUCCCCCUAUACCUGUUCCACCUCCUGUACCCACACUGCCUCCUGUUCCUCCAGUUCCUCCAAUACCCCCUGUGCCCCCUGUACCUCCAAUGACACCUCUGCCUCCCAUAUCAGGAAUGCCUCCUAUGAAUCCUCCACCUGUAGCACCCUUACCCACUGGAAUGAAUGGGUCUGGAGCAGCAGUGAAUAUGAACAGCGGCUUGAAUCCAUUGUUUAUUGGUCCCAUGAAUCCUGUAAAUCCUAUCCAGAUGAAUUCUCAAGGUAGUGUCAAGCCAAUUCCCAUCAAUCCAGAUGAUUUGUAUGUCAGCGUUCAUGGAAUGCCCUUUACUGCAACAGAAUCUGAUGUGAAAGACUUUUUCCUUGGGCUCCGUGUGGAUGCAGUCCAUAUGCUGAAGGAUCAUGUAGGUCGAAAUAAUGGAAAUGGACUAGUUAAGUUUUUUUCUCCUCAAGAUACGUUUGAAGCACUGAAGCGAAACAGAAUGCUGAUGAUUCAGCGCUAUGUUGAAGUUAGUCCUGCAACAGAGAGACAGUGGGUAGCUGCUGGAGGCCACAUAACUUUCAAGCAAACCAUGGGUCCCUCUGGGCAGGCACAUCCUCCUCCCCAGGCUCAUCCUAGGUCCAAAUCUCCCACUGGACAGAAAAGGUCACGGUCAAGAUCUCCCCAUGAGCACGGUUUCUGUGUUUAUUUGAAAGGUCUUCCCUUUGAAUCGGAGAACAAACAUGUGAUAGAUUUUUUUAAAAAGCUGGAUAUAGUUGAGGACAGCAUUUAUAUAGCUUAUGGACCUAAUGGGAAGGCAAUUGGGGAGGGGUUUGUUGAGUUUAGAAAUGAAGCUGAUUAUAAAGCAGCUUUGUGUCAUCAUAAGCAGUACAUAGGGAAUCGCUUCAUUCAGGUACAUCCAAUUACUAAAAAGGCAAUGUUAGAAAAGAUAGAUAUGAUUCGUAAAAGAUUGCAGAACUUCAGCUAUGACCAGAGAGAAAUUCUGAUGAAUGCUGAGGGAGAAUCAGGCUUGCCAAAACUGUGUGCGCAUAUAUCUAAUAUUCCAUACAAUAUAACAAAAAUUGAAAUACUUCAGUUUCUAGAGGGACUGGCAGUAGAAGAAAACUCUGUACAAAUUCUUGUUGAUAAUAAUGGGCAAGGUUUAGGACAAGCACUGGUUCAGUUUAAAGCUGAAGAUGAUGCUCGUAAGGCAGAACGCUUGCACCGUAAAAAACUGAAUGGAAGAGAUGUUAAUUUGCGUUUGAUAACUGUAGAAGAAAUGAGAGAUAUUGAGAGAAACCCAGCGUCUCAAGGAAAAAAGAUCCUGAAAAUACCAAUCCAGGGAAAUGCACCUGUGCCAGGAGCACAGGGCCCUGGUGGAGAUGAGCAUGCCUUCUUGGGAGGAAAUGCUAAAGACACAAACAAUGGUCCUCCAUUUAAUUUCCCCGGUAACUUCAGUGGGUCUAGCACAUUUGGUCCCCCUUUACCACCACCUGGAAUAGGUGGCUUUCCUGAUUCUAGACCAGGAAUACCCACAGUUGCAGCUAGUGUUUUACCUGGUGCAAGUAUUGAGGUACCGGGUUUUGCAGGUGGUCCUGCUAAUUUGAGUGGACCAGCAGGUUUUGCAGGGGGUCCUCAGACAUUUGGUAAUGGUCCUGGCAAUUUAAGUGGGCCCCCUGCCUUUGGUGCUGGUCCUCCAGCAAUUGCUAGCAGUCUUGGACAUUUAAGUGGACCUCCAGGGUUUGGACCUGGACCAGGAAACAUACAUAUUGGUGGACCUCCAGGUUUUGGAACAGGGUCUGGGAAGCCAGGGCCAACUGUCAUUAAAGUGCAGAAUAUGCCCUUUACCGUUUCGGUGGAUGAAAUUUUGGAUUUCUUUUAUGGUUACCAAGUGAUCCCUGGUUCCGUGUGCUUAAAAUACAACGAGAAAGGCAUGCCCACUGGAGAAGCAAUGGUUGCAUUUGAGUCUCGUGAUGAAGCUAUGGCAGCUGUUGUUGAUUUAAAUGACAGGCCUAUAGGUUCCAGAAAAGUAAAACUUGUAUUAGGGUAGCUGUUCAUCAAGUAGUUGUAGAAUAGAUAUUCAUAGUGCUGUGACAAAUGCAUCUGGAUUGGUUUUUAUAGUAUUUCCAGGAUAGAACCUGUGGAUUGUUUAAAUUGUAAAACAGAUGGGUUUUGAUAAGACAGAGCACUGGGUUAGCCAUUACAUGAGAAACACUGCAAGGAGAGAGGUGUGGUGGAUUUUCCUCGUACAAAUAUGUGGAGAAGCUGGACAGAUUCUUUUUCGUCAUAAAAGUUUGGUAAACUCUUCUGGACACAGUGCUUAUUGAGAAACUGAGAUUGGUUUGACAUAGUUUUGGAUAAGGGAAAUAGAUGAAGUCAGUGAAGCUCUUCAGUGGUGUUCUUGUAAGCCAUUGUAAAUUAGAUAGCUAUUUUUAGAUUUGGUUAAAAGCUGGCUGAAUUUGCUUUGUUCACAGGUCAAAGCUUUGUUUAAAGUCCUGAUUUUAUUCUGCAACUGAAUGAAUUCUCAGUGUACACAGAUCAAUUGUUUUGUGUAUGUAUCUUUCUUUUUUCCAAAAUUCUCACUGUAUGAACAGUUGAAUUAUGCCCUUUGCUGAUAUGUCUACCAAACUAAUUCCUAUGAGUAUGAGCAGAAUCGUUCUGUAAAAUUCAAGCUGUUCUGUGUGGUAUAACCUUUAGUUAUUUAUAUAUUGCAAUUAUAACUGUGCAGAAUAAGACUUUUGCCACAAGUAUAGCUAACCUCAAACAUAAAUCAUGAGAGUUUUAUAGUACAUUUUAAAUGUUUUCAGUUGAAAAUAAGAAUUAUUGUUUAAGUAGCUUGAUUUGUUAGGAUUACACAAAACAGUGGAGAAAGGAUCUUUGACACUAGUUGGAUAUUAGUGUUUCUCACAUGUCUCUUGAACUCCUCACAUAGAGUCUCUGCUAAGAGAACAAAAAUGGUGAUUAUUAGUAGAAGAUUGGAGUCCAGAUAAAGUUUUAAAUUAGGUUCUAAUGGAAGAAACUUGUAUCUUCAGCAACUCUGUUGUGAAUUACUGUUGUGGGUGAAUUCAGAGAUAAAAUUUAUUUUUCUCCAAAACUUGAAAGUACUGAGUUUACUAUAUAUUUUUGCAAUAAAGUUGUGCUGUUGUAUUCAAAGUUUGUAAAGAAUUGCCAUUUUCUUUGUUGUGCAGUGAAACCUUCCAUGGAAAAACAGAGAAAUGGAAAGGAAGUAAUUACGCAAGUGAAAAGUAGAAUUUUUUUGGUUCAUCCUUGCUUGGCUUAUGAUAAAUUUUAAGACUUGGGCAUUGCCUAAAAAAAAAAAUCCUGCUAUUCCCUGCAAAUCAUUGUACUUAAACAUAGUAAACUUCAAACUAUUUUUGGGGUUUUUUUUUGACAAAGAAGAACAGUGCUUUUUGGUGUUGCAUACCAUGGAACACUGAAGUGUAUGGGCAGGCAAAAUUGAGAGGUGCAAGUGGCAACAGUUUUAUUCAUGUGGUGUGUAGGAGAGAUUUGCAAACCAAACCUGUGCAGCGCUGCUUCCUGAGAGGAUUUCACAGUACAGGAAUCUGUGGAAGGAUUGUAUAAAGGUGUACUUCAAUAAAGAAGCGGUUGCAUUACACAGAUGCUUCUGUAAUUCAUUAGCAUAAUUUUGUUUUGACAGAUUACUAGGUGGUCCCAACUUUGGAAAAGUCAUGUGAUUUGUAUAUACUGUUUAAAAUUAAGCCUCCUGUUAAUAAAACUGUCUGUCUCUGAAGCUUCAUGUUAUGCAUUUCAACAGUCUUUGGGAGUAAUGUUUCAACAGCAGAUCUUUGUUUCUUUUUUUUUCCCUGACAGUCUGAAAGUACUCUUCCUAAUGUCAGAAAGAUGUGUGUGAUUAGGAGUCAAGUCAGUUUAUUUUAAAAUUUUCUCUUUGUUUUUUAAGCAACUUUUAUUAAAGUUUCAUACUAUAUUGGA